CUGGAAUCGUAGCGCUUUCCAUUGUUGGGUUUGUUUUAUGGUACAUUAGGAAGCCAAGGAGAAGGGAUUCUGGGCGUGGAGGUUUCAUUAUGCCGUCUUCUCUGGGCUCCUCGCCUAAGUCAGAAUCAUCCCUUAUGAAGGUCCAUUCCACACCUCACCAAGACAGACAAGCCAGUGGCAGUGGCAGUGGUGCUUCAAAGGAUCUUGGUGGGUUAGGCAAUUCAAGGGCAUUGUUUACAUAUGAAGAACUCUUCAGAGCAACAAAUGCAUUUUCUGCUCAGAAUCUUUUAGGAGAAGGUGGAUUUGGUUCUGUUUAUAAAGGAUGUCUACCAGAUGGAAGAGAGGUUGCAGUGAAGGAACUAAAGGUUGGUGGUAGUCAGGGUGAGCAGGAAUUCAAAGCUGAGGUCGAGAUAAUCGGUCGUGUUCACCACCGCCAUUUAGUUUCUCUAGUUGGCUACUGCAUUUUAGAACACCAAAGGUUGCUGGUGUAUGAUUAUGUCCCUAACAAUUCCCUUUACUACCAUCUCCAUCUUAAAGGUGAGGGUGAGCCUGUUCUAGAUUGGGAAAAACGCAUCAAGAUUGCAGCUGGUGCAGCCCGUGGAAUAGCUUACCUUCAUGAAGACUGCCAUCCUCGAAUUAUCCACCGGGAUAUAAAAUCUUCAAACAUUCUUCUAGAUGAAAAUUUUGAAGCUCGGGUUUCAGACUUUGGGCUAGCUAAAUUAGCUCUCGACGCACAAACUCAUAUAACCACCCGUGUCGUAGGAACUUUCGGAUAUGUUGCCCCUGAAUAUGCAUCAAGUGGAAAAUUAACUGAGAGAUCGGAUGUAUAUUCUUUUGGAGUCGUGCUUCUUGAGCUGAUUACUGGUCGAAAGGCUGUGGAUGCAUCCCAGCCGAUGGGGGAUGAGAGCCUUGUCGAAUGGGCUCGGCCUUUACUAAACCAUGCACUCGACAGCCAAGAUUUCGAGCGAUUGGUGGACCCGAGGCUUGAAAGGAAAUAUGUUGAGAGUGAAGUGCUGAGGAUGAUAGGAAUAGCUGCAGCUUGCGUGCGGCAUGCAUCUGCCAAGAGACCGCAGAUGGGACAGGUCGUGUUUCUGUUAUCAAUUCAUAAUACAAAUAUGAAAACCCAAAACCCUCCCUUGUUGCAUCUUGUUAACAGAAUUGUUCUCAUUCUCAGGUUGUUAGAACUUUUGAUAGUUUAGCCACUGUAGAUUUAAGUAAUGGGAUGAGGUUCGGGGAGAGUCGAGCUUUCGACUCUGCUCAACAAUCUGCAGAGAUUAGAUUUUUCC